UCCACCUGUCUGUCAAGUCAGCCCCGCCCCCUCAUCAUGCUAAUGAAUGCACAACCCUGAGUCUUUAUUUAAUCAAACCAGGAGUUUUUCACGUUAAUGAAAUUGACGAAAAUCCACAUAAUAUUUGAGAGUAAACGAGAUCAUCGACAAGAUUUAUGGUUUUUAUUUCCUCAUUUUUUACCGUGACAGAGAAGAGGUGUUUUCACAAUAAAUGAUUAGAUGGUCAAAAGUUACCAGGAGGAACUUUUUAGUCUAUAGAUGCUCCUCAAGCGGGCAGAGGACGGGAUAGGCAAACACUACUAUGUCCACAUUUAUGUCUCAUCUCAUGUCCAUCCCCUUCUUGUUGUUGUUCCAGAAGCCCAUUUCUCAUCACAUUGCCCUGGUUCCUCAUCAUGUGACACAGACUUUGGUAACCUUGGCGACGUCUAAACCAGUUUGUCUUUAAAUGGUAACACACUCGUGUUUAUGAGGUAGGCCAUAGCGCUAAGGGUCUUGCAUAAGGACUCAAACUAGAUGUAGUUUGCUCCUUAUUGAUGUGUCUCAUGCAGGAUUUGAACUCCAACUGGAUGAGCUACCCACCGAGCUACCCACCGAGCUACCCACGCCUCACAACAUACAGUGCUGGGGCAAUCUGACCGAGUCUGUCAGUGGAAAUUUAACGGUAAAUGAAAAAUAGCAGGUGGGAAUGUAGUUUAAAUGAUUGGUAUUGCAAGUGGCCCCACAAUAGUUGGUAAAAACAUCUUUAUUGUAUAAAUAUGUUUUUAGAUACAUUUUUCCACUCAUUUUUUCAGGGAGGGCGGCGCCCCAGCGCCCCCUUUGGGCCGCCACUGGACUGAAGGAGAGAAAUGGUAAGCGGAACCUUUGUCACUGUAAUCGCGCAUCCUGGUCACCUAAUGAUGACGGACUUCCUGUCCCCUUUAAUCUGGAGACUGAUCUGUGUUCCUGUUUCUCUGACGCUCCUCCUUUAUUCUGCAGGUUAGUAGAGGCUGAAAUCGCUUUUAAUGAAACAUUUAAGUUUUGUGUUACGUCUUUAAGUUACAGAUACUAGUUUUUGGAUGAAUUUCGUAACUUUAGAGUAAGUUUAUUGAGCCACGGCAAGUAAUGGCGGUAAAGCCAGCCGCGCUGCGCCGAUAAUCUCGCGUGAUUUUGCUGUGUUAUCGCGAGAGUUUGCCAGCUCGCGCUAAAUCCUGUUUUCUCUCACAGUUCCCUCUUUGUUAGUUUUCAUUCAUGUAAAUUAUCAGUAUUAAUUUCUCAAGCCUCCUGAUGUGACUUUAUGUGUUUGAUGGUUCCUGAAUGUUCUAUCUGUUGGUUUUAUUUGGUUUCAACAGUCGUGUUAAAAUAAUUAAUAUUCAGUCAGAGAUUCAAUGAACAAAAGAAUCCAGAGUAAUGCACUGUUUUCCUUGAAGUCAGUCAAAUCCGACCCCUUCUCACACCACAAUCCAAACUUGACAUUUCUCACGCUCAUAUUUCCCCAUUCAAUACUCUAUUUAUUUUUCUCAUGAUAAUAAACUUGGCUUGCUGUAGUUCGAGUAACUCUAAAUGACUGACCGAGAUUACCAAUCCAUCUGUCCCCUCAGCCAUCAGGCUCUUAAAUGCCGGGAAGUCGGCUGAUGGUCAUAUGUGGUGGUCAUAUCUGUGCUGAACUGGAGCUUCAGGAGUGUUUUAUUUCUUAUCUCGUGUCUCAUACUUGUGGAUCUUAUUGUAUUUGAACCAUUGCUCUGUGGAACUUGACAGCUUAUUGUACUUAUUUAACUAUUUAUUGCUGAUCCUGCUGAUCUGUGAGUACUAACAAGGGAAUGUGGUCGUCUACUAGCUGCUAUUAAUGUCUUGCACUUGUCUGGUUUGUUUGUCUGCUGAUUUGUGGGUUUGGACGGAUCAAACGGCAGGGUAACUGCAAACAGAAUUGUCCUUUGGGGAUAAAUAAAGUUGUCUGAAUCUGAGUCUAAAUCUCAAUCUCACCAACCACGGAAGGCACCACUCAACAUAAACCAAUCAGAAGUAACGUAAGGCGGGUCUUGGCAUCUCUAACUAUCUUUCACACACAACAGCGCCGACAUUUAAAACCUACUUUCUAAUUUCUGGUUAAUUGAGACUAACAUAAGGGAGAGCAGCUGCCAUGCCUUUUAAAAGAAUCGGGAUAGAGAAUCGUUAGGAACCGGAACCGGAAUCGAAAGAGGAAUCGGAAUCAUUCAAAAUCAAACGAUACCCAACCCUACACAGGGGCCGUCACACUCAGCAGCCCUGACAAGGAAAUGAAUGUAAAACAUAAAAAGUUAAAAUUAAAGAUACUGAGAAAGAUAAAGUGCUCCUAGUUCUUGUUGCUCUGAGAUUCUACCUUUAGUCUACAGAUCGCAUUCUUUUUAUUAUCGUGGUCACCGUGCCCGGGACCCGUAACAUGUUGUUUUAAUCCGGCUCAACAGGAACAAGCGAACUCUUCAGAGUCACUUCAUAGGAGCAGCUUUCCUGUGCUGUUCACUGUUAUAAUAAGAAGUAAGUGUGAGGUCUGAGCGGCGGAGAACUGCGGUGAGUAACCGUCCUUGGCUUUGUGAAGAAUCCUAAAGAAAGGCAGCGACAGCUCCCGCUGUUAAAGAGCGCUGUGAAUGGCACUUACUAUUCAGGGCUACAUUACAGCGGCUCAGUGUGGUUCCAGAUACUAUAAUCAAGAAAAAUGAGUGAACAGUGAUGACCCCGACUCAGGUAACACAGUUUAUAUAUAAAUACACAGAAGUGAUGUGGAGUGGAGGAGGACUGAGACACUCAGGAGAACUCUGAGUUUAACCUUUUUAAUGUCAGGCUUGAUUCAUGUGUUUACUUUACCCGCCAUCAUACUGGACUAUCAGCAGAUACUAGAGUAUGUGGUCGGUGUCUAUGUUAGACGACUGAGUCAGGAGGAGAGAAUAAAGAAGGGUAUAAUAAAAAAUUAGAAUAGAAGGAAUAGAAUAUGAUCAAAUUAAAUACAAUUAAAAGAAUAGAAUUAAAAUACAAUCAAGGAGAACAAAAGAGACUGAAACACUAAGGAUUAAAUAUAGCAAAGUGAAAUACUCAUAUUCAUACAGAACUUUUCAUACAAAACCAUAAAGUACAAAGUGCUUUACACAGCGAAGGAGGAAAAAAAGCAAAGAAUUCUGCCCCAGAAACACGUAUUAAAACGCAUGAACUUAAAAACGGCUCGAUUUCAUAGAAACAGGAAUGUGCGCACUGAGGAAACGCCGUUUUAAAAUUCAAGAUAAAGAAACUCUGGAGGUUUAAAAUCUAAAAUCAAAGUAACUUAAAAGGAAAUUUAAUAAAUAAAUAAAUAAAAUGAAAUUAAAACAACAGUAAAAGACUAAAAUAAAAGCAACAAAAAUGCUCAAUAAGAGACGAUGCUGUCAUUAAAACUAGAACGAGAUAAAUGCUAAAACACUUUAGGUUAAUGAUAUAAAAAUGGUUUUUAAAGCAAGAUUAAAAAGGUAUAUUAUGAGUUUGGUUUUAAAAUAAUGAAGAUUAGGUUAGAAAAUAUAUGAAAGAAUAGAAGAGAGAAAAGAGGAGACUUAAACAGACAAGAAUGGAAUAGAAAAAAUGGAAUCAGUGAAUUGAAAAAAUUUAAAUAAAAUAGAAAAGAAUAGAAGAGAGCAGAGAAAAAGUACUACAGAAUCGAACUAUAAGACUAAUCCACUGAAGUUUUAUUAGUUUUAUCUGAAGUUGUUGCUUAAAUGAAGAUUUUUUUGACUACACUGAAACAACAACUCAACUUUAUUUGUAAAGCACUUUAAAACAACCACAGCUGAAGAAAGUGCUGUACAUAAAUAGACAAAAGAACGCAGAUAUAAAAACAAUAAAAAAAAACAAUUAAAACAAUGGCUAAAAUAAAAGCAGAUAUUAAAAAUUUAAGAACAAUAGAAACAAAUAACUAAAAACAAACCAUAAAACACUAAAACAGGAUCCGAGUCUCAUACAGGGUUUAAAGCCAAUUAAUAAAAAUGGGUUUUAAGACGAGUUUUAAAAACAAACAAAAAAGAAUAAAUAAAAACUGUGAACAUGAACGUUGAACCUCUGUCUCUUUCAGGUCAGUCGGGUGUUUAUUUAGUGAAGAUCUAUUUUAAUAACUCCAGAUUAUCGAGGUUUGAGUGUUGUAAGAAGAGUUUCUCUGGGAUUACAUAAUUAAACAGAUUAUUCAUCAUCUGUUCAGAUGACUUUAGAUGCUUUUGUGCAGAAAUGUUACGUUUCCUGUAAAUCUUUGUCCGCAUUUCUCACAGUUGUGAGCGUUUCAAUAGAUGAAACAGGUCCACAUUAAAUAAAAACACUCAGAAGAGUUUCUCCAUCUCCAACCUCUGUCCUCCUCCUCCUUCGUCAAGGUCGUCCUGGAAACUUGCUGCCAUCGACAUCAUUAACAAACUGCUUCGUUUUCCAGAAAUAAAAAACAACAAAAACCCACAAAAACAGCCACGUCUGCGUAAAAAUAACAGGACGUUAAACGACUGAGCCCUCUGCGCACACACACACACACGCUCACACACACACACUCUCUCUCCUCUUUCCUGCGGCUGUUAGCGGUUAAUAAAUAAAGGAAAUGAGCAGAGAGAGCUCAUUAAUAUCAGUGAAGGUGAGCCGCUAACAGCCCCAGGAGGCUGCUGCAGUUUAUACAGGAAAUGAAUGGAAGGAGGAUACCAGUGCUAACGCUUAUGCUAACACACACACACACACACACACACACACACACAUUCCCUUCAUUAUUUAACACUUACUUGAUUUCAUACGAGGAUCAAAUCAAAUCUUUAUAAAAAACAGAACUUUCCUUUUUGAUGAAGCUCGGACUUGUGUCUGUCUUUAUAGAGACAACUUGUUAUUGCGUGAUUGCACGUGAAUUUGCGGGUUUUUGUGAGUUCUCAUGAUUGCCGCUGUCCAAAAUCCGCCACGAAAUUCGCCUCAUAAACACAUCCGGUAGGAACUGGUGUUCGGUGAAAAUCGAUGCCAUUCUGGAUUGGAGCCGUCCCGGAAGUGGUGGGAAUCCCGGGUUAGUCCUCCAGCAGUACCCGGUACCUGCCCACAGCGCCAGAACUCCUUCUGAAUGGUCUACAUGAUAUUAGCGUGUUUGGGUUCUUGUGAGUUCUCCCGAUUCCUGCUGUCCGUAAUCUGCUACAAAAUUCGCCUCACUAAUGGAUCUGGUAGGAAUUGGCGGACGGCAAAAAUUGCCGCCGUUCCAGAUUGGAGCUGUUCCGGAUGAGGUGAAAAUUGGUGCUAAAAUGAGUCUGGUCCUGCUCGAGGUUUCUGCCUGUUGACGAAAGUUCUUCCUCUCCAUUGUAACUUACCGUAUUUUUCGCACUAUAAGGCGCACUUAAAAUCCUUUUGGCUUGUCGGAGCGCUGCAGCUACCUUAGUCUCGCGGAGUUAUUGAAUGAGUUAAAUAAAGUUUGAUUUAUCUGACUGAUUUGUUUGGCUUAAUGCGCUUUAUAAUCCGGUGCGCCGUAUGAAGCGAAUAGACGCGUUCAUUGAUGUUGCGCCUUGUAGUGCGAAAAAUACGGUACUGCAAAGUGUUUCUGGUGGAGUACGGUGGAUCAGAGUUUGUCUGUUCUCACUCAGAAGGGUCUUCUGCAUCAUGUGAUAAAAACUUUAAUCCAGUAACGUCAGAAGACAGUUCGAGGGCGCCGUCUCACCUUUCUUACCCAAAAUUUUUUAAAAUGAUCGACCGCCACAGAACAAGAUUUAAAAUAGAUGUAGCUGAACUACAAAUAUAAGGUUUUAAAGAGGGUCAUAAAUAUUAAACAGUGAGUUAAAAGUGAAAUCUGCAGUAAAAAUGUAGAUUAGAGAUGUUCUAGAUUCUCAGCCAUGUGACGAACAGACAAACUGUUUCUUUAUCUUCAGCCUCACCUCCCUGUUCUCUUUGUCUGCUGCUCGUGUCCCAUCACUUCUCCUUUUCUUUUCCUCUCAGGAUCGCUAUCACAAGUAAUCUAAAGCGUGUGUGUGUGUGUGUGUGUGUGUGUGUGUGUGUGUGUGUGUGUGUGUGUGUGUGUGUGUGUGUGUGUCAGCUUGACCUUGGCUGGACUGAUGGAGCUCACAGAGGACACAGAGGGAGGCACGUUUUUCUGCCUCUGAUGAUUAAUAAACAAUUUCAACAGAAUGAAGUCCAUCAGGUCCUUCAUUAGUCUGUGACACACACACGCACACAUACACACACACACACACACACACACACACACACACUUGGAAUUCUGGAUCCAACCAAAUGCUGACAUCGCUAGUUCGAAAAAAACUUGAUGUCAUUUCGACUAACUGAUGUACGAUAAUGUGCUACGACAAGCGUGAAAAAUGAGUAAAAUCUUAUUUUAAGGGCCUGUGUCCACUGACUGAGUUUUUUUGUUUUUUUGCUCAUUUUGCACUGGCAGCCUAAAACUGCCUCCAAAAUAAAAGCAAAUAUAACAGAUUAAAAACAGACCUUAUAGUCGUUGCUAAAGGAAGGUAAAUUGCAGUGGGUUGACUUUUGUAGAUAGAAAAAGUAAAACCUUAAAAAUUGAGGUUGUGAGCACUACAAGCACAAGAAUGCUUUAGGUGGACACAGGCCCUGAAAUCCAAUCACUGAAAAUUAAAUCCCUGCAAAAUCUCUCAAAUUUAACCAGAUUUACAAAAAUUAUAAACAAAUAAACAUUAAUAUUCUUAAUUUCUACUUUCAGAUAACCAAUCCUACCUUAAAAAGACACACUGAGUAUCUGCGAUAUCAAACACACACAACAAGGCAAACAUCACUUUGGGGUUUCUGUUACCUGUCUGAUGCGACCUCGAUCCUGGCUCUAAGACCCUGAGCUGAGCUGAUCCAGGAUCAGUCUGUAUGCAGCGUCUGUGCCACAGCUUUGAUCUGCCGCCCUGCUGUCUGCCAACGUUUCAUCAUGGCCGUGGAGCGUUGAGACGGAGUCGGCGUGCUCCCAUGAAAACUGCAGCAUCUUCAGACCAUGAGGUUUGUGCUGCAUGAGUGUGGGAGGGUCCUGAUUGGUAAUGAGUCUCAGACUCUUAAUAGAUCAUCAAUCAUAUGAAAAUAACGUCUCUAUUCAUGUUCAAAUUUCUCCAGAAAAACAGCUUUAACUUUCUGAGAACAGAGCUCUGCUGAUUAUAAGUUUUACUGCUCAAAUGCCAAACUCUAAUGUCAAAUUAAAUGUCAGUUAAUAUUCUGGGACCUCUGGAAGAAUCUGAGAUUUUCUUUUUAGUUCUUUUCUAAGUACCAAACUUAAGUAUUCCUAUUAUUAUUAUUGUUAUUAAAGUUCAAGUAAAAACUCUUCAUUAUUUUGUUUUCUGAAAAUUAAAAUAUUUCUGUAAGUGGCGUUUGUGAUAGAUGUGGGAAUUGAUUAAAAUAAUUGAGUCAUGUUUCCAUCUGAAACUUCAAAAGUUCCCUCUGGAUGCACUCCCAAAAUAUGAAACCCAAAAUCAUCCCAGCAUAGAAGACCUUAAAAUGCCUUUUGGAUACCCUCCAAGUAUAGAGGACCCCUAAAAAGUUUCCUCCGGAUGCUCUCUGAGUAUAGAGAACCCCUAAAAGUGCCCUCUGGAUACCCUCUAAGUAUAGAGGACCCCUAAAAAGUUUCCUCUGGAUGCUCUCCAAGUAUAGAGGACCCCUAAAAGUUCCCUCUAGAUGCUCUCCAAGUAUAGAGGACCCCUAAAAGUUCCCUCUGGAUGCCCUCCAAGUAUAAUAGAUCUCAAAAAGUUCACUUUGGAUACCCCUCACGGAAAAGACCUUUUUAAGAAGUUCCCUCUGGAUGCCCUACCAAAAAAGCCCCUGAAAUAAUACCCUCUUGAUUUUCUUCUUGUUGAUACUAAAUAAUCUCAAUAAAUGUAACAUCAACCUUUCACCUGAAUACCCUUCCAGUUUGUCAGAUAUAGAAAAGGGGCCCCUGGAGGCCCUAAAGUAAAAUUCAUGUCAAAAAUUUGCCCUCAGGUAUAGUUUGUGAAGAGUUAAAAGUGAUAAAGUGUUUUUUUGGUGACUGACAUGAACAGUUUGAGCUGGUAGUGUUAUAUUUUAAAGUGUGUUUUGAUUAUUUAGUGUUUUCUCUCUACAUGAUUAAAUAUUCAUGACUAAAGUUUUCAUAAAUAUUCACCAGAAUUCAGGGAAUCAGGAUGUUCAGAUUUCCCUGGUAGAGGACCCAGAGCCCCGCCCCUCAAGCUGCCCACGUCUGCCACUGUUUCCUGUUUUUAUUUAGUUUUUCUAAUUCAAGAAUAAUCUUAAUUUUAUCAUUUAUUCUUAAUUACUGUUGUCAUGAUUUUACGUCUUUACUGCUUCAAUUUCACUUUCUCCAGCUGUGUAGAAUCUGGAUGUUCAAAGAUUGUGUUUUAAAUAAAGUUCUGUGUGUUUGAAUGAAGCAGCUCAGUGCAGGUCACAGCUGCAGGAACAUGAGGUCAAUCAGGAAGUGGGCGGGGCUAACCUGAAACUCUACAAAGCCACCUGCAGCUCAGGUGAGUGAGUUUUAAAAGAGAAAGCAGAAAAACAAACUCGAGUUAAAAACAUGAAGCUGCUCGUCAGAAUCUGUUUGUGUCUGCUGUUUGGAGCUUCAGCCGCUCAGGACCGACACCGGGAGCAGAAACAGGACCAGACUGGAGGCCAGGAACCAGCAGGUAGUCUGGACCUGAUCCACACCACAUGAACCAAAGCAACAUUCAUUUAAUAUCAUGUAAAUCAGGUGGUUGUUGGUGAACAUGGUGAACGCCGUGUUGGAGUUGUGUUCACAUGUUGGCGCCAGUGUUGACCGUCACAGUGUGAAACGUGUUUGUGACUGAGAAAGAGUUUAAGGUUUUUAAAAAAGAGCAGAUGAAGUCUGAAAAUGUCGUCCAAGUACCUGAUCAGGUUUGAUUAGAAAAGUGAGUUUAGACCACGAAGAGUUCAGGUCGGAGGUUUAGUGUUUGAGUAACUGAGAUGAACUGUAAUCUCUGCAGUUAGGAUAUGUUAUUGUUACUGUUAACUCUGCAUACGACAGCAUUAGGCAGGUAACUCUGCGAGUGCAAAUACACCGAGAUUAAGAAUAUAGGACACUAAAUAAAAACAAUAAAAAAAACAGUUUAAUAUAAAUCUAAAAUAUGAGAGACUGCAGUGAAACAUCUUAGAUCAUGAUCCACCUCUUUUGCAGCCUAAAGACCGACCCUUCACCUUCGCCUUAAAUGGAAAUCUGUUUAAAUUAAAGUCAGUUUGUCGGUUUACAAGAUCAACAGUCGAUUGUCAGUGAAUUCUAAAUUUUGGACUGAUGGAUCGUAUCCCCUCCUCCUCAGCUCUCCUCCAGCAGAAACAGUCUUUCUAUGAACCCUUAACUUGGAGGUUUCCUGACCCUCCUCCGGAGGACGAGCCUCGAUUCCCUCCAGAGUUUGAACUGAAAACUCCAACAGCCGCCAACAGCGUCAGCGUCGUCUGUGGGGAGAGCGCAGUCCGGGUGGAGGCCAAAAUGGACCUUCUGGGGAUCGGUAAACCUGUCCGGACUGAAGACGUGACGCUGGGAGGAUGUCCUGCAACAGGGGAGGACCCUGAAGCUCAGGUCCUGGUCUUUGAGUCGGAGCUGCAUGGAUGUGGAAGUCAGUUACAGGUGAGGGUUUAACGUGGACAACAUGGGUCAGAGUCACACAAACUGGUUUAUACGGGCAGUCCUUCCUCUUCGUUUCUCUCUGAUAAAAUCCUCGUCCUCUGCAGACAUCCUCAAAACCCUGAGAGCUGUGAGUUCGUUAGUUAAAUACUUGAUCGUCGGGGUUUAAAGGGUUAAUGAUAAACAAAGUCAGCUUCCUCCACCCUGAGGUUUCUGCCUGUCUGAGUCCACCAGCAGCUUUCUUCAGAGUAAACAGGACCCUGUCUUCAGACUCUGAACCCUCGUCCCAAACCUCUGAUGUCCAUGUCAACAUGUCGCCUCUGUAAACGCCGUCUUCACAUCUUCAUCCCGGCAGGAUCGUCUCAAAGCUCUGUUCAGUGACCUGAGUGCAGUUCCUGUUCAAACACAGAGAGUUUUAUUUUCGUCUGAUUCCUUUAAACUUGUUUCAGAUGACCGAAGACUCGUUCAUCUACACCUUCACGCUGAUCCACACCCCCACUCUGGGGGACGGUCAGAUCCUGCGAACCAGAGACGUCUCAGUCAGCAUCCAGUGUCACUACCCGAGGUCGGUUUAACACGUGUGUCUGUUUACGUUUUAGAUUUUCAGAUAAUCCGAGUGUCUUUGAGAGGAGGACUUUGGUUUGAUUUGUGUUUUUAGGAAGUCUAAUGUGAGCAGCGAGGUCCUGAAGCCCACCUGGAACCCCUUCAGAGACAGCAAAGCUUCAGAGGAAAGUCUCUACUUCUCCUUCAGCCUCAUGACGGGUUAGUGUCGCUUCAAACGUUUCCUGAUGGUUUUCAGACGUUUAAAGUUUGAGAACCGAACCUGGAGUCUGAGCGUCAGAGUCGGAGAGGAAUUAAAGUCCAGUCCGAGUUCAUUCCUGAUGAUCUGAGUCCUCUGGAUGAUCUGUUUUGGAGGUCCUAACAUGCCCCCUCUUCUUUGCAAACACAGCAGGCCUGAAUUCUCUGAUGGUUCUGCAGUGCCCCCUUCAGUUUCCAGACUUCAAACAUCCACACAGUUCAGCUUACAUCCAUGAUUCCAUGAUAAAACCUACAAAAACCCUCUCCUACCUAACAGGAAGUCCACCAUCUAGACUUGAUUUUAAUCACUUUAUUCACAGAUUUGACUAAAAUCAUCCUUCGGCUUUUUUUCUGCGUCAAACUUUGAUGUUUCGCCAUAAAACAGGAAGUUGUAUUUUGAGUUAACCCUCUUUUAACCAGAGUUAGAUCAGCGUGAAAUAUCAUGUGCGGGUGCAUCUCAAUAAAUCAGAACAUCAUUAGAAAAGUUGAUUUAUUAAUGAAUGAAUGAAUGAAUUAAUGUUUUUAUUUCAGCUUAAAAACAAAAAAUAAACUCAUAUUUUUACAAAAAACUCAUCAGACAGAAACUGAAAAAGGAAAAGGCUGAAGCCCCGAGGUUUCUUUAUCCUGAACCAUCAUAGGAAUGAUUCACUAUAAAAACAUCAGUACUAGUUUAUCAUUACAAAACACAAAAGAGCUUCAACUGAAAAAUCCAAUUCAGUCAAAUUUCUUUGUAAACUUUGAUCAUUUAAGAGUCUUCUUGAAAACUAAUAUAGAGUUACACAUCUGCAUUUCAUCUUUAUUUCAUCUUUAUUUCAUCUUUAUUUCAUCUUUAUUUCAUGGUUUAGUCCGUUCCAAACUGACACACAUCUGGACUUCAGAUUAAUUCUGACUUUAUAAGUUUCAAACAUUAGCGCCCCCUUCAGUUAUAAAUCCUCCUAAGGCCUUAGCUUCAACAUUCUUUGAAUACAGACAGAGAUCAUCUUAUUUACCACGACAAACAUAAUUUCUAAUGUUUUAAAUAAAGUUAUUAGUUUAUGAUCUUUAUAAAAAGCUGAUUUGUCGACUCAAACUUCAUUUAUUCUCCUAAUAUCUCUUUUUUUUUUCUGCAGUUUGAUUAUUGGAUCUAAAUUCAUUUUAUAUUAAUUUCCCCAGAUUUCAGCUCAGUUUGUCAUAAAAGACAUAAGAGAAAAGUCCAGCAGAUGAAGGAAGUUCUUACUCAGUAAAUCUCUAGUUUUAUAAAGAAUAGAAAUAAACUUUUGGUCAUUUCUGUUUUACAUCUUUUAUGUGAGGCUUCUUGAUUAGUUUCAUCUCCUCUUUCUAUGUCAACAUUGUUUAAAUCCAGUUGUACCUCAAUGUUUGUCCUUUUACCACCAAACAACGUAAAUUUAGUUUGAUUUAAUUUAACGACAGCUCAUUAGUUUAACUUCAUCAAUUCUAUUUCUACAGUUUUUAACGAAUCCUUGAUGUUCAUGAACAAAAUAAAUUAGUAUCAUCUGCAAACAUAACAUAUCUUAAUGUAUCACUAACUGUACAGAUAUCAUUAAUAUUAAUUAAAAAAGUGAAACUCAAACAUCACAUAGAUCCAGUAAAUAGUCUCCUCCCUCCUCAAUGAUCGUCUCCUGGUCACCUCUCGUCUUCCUCGUGACUCUGUGUUCAAAUAUAUUUGUAUUUUUGUAUUUCUGUAUUUAGCACAGAUUAAAAACAGAGCGAGGAGGGAACGAAGCUGAUAGGCUGAUACAGAGUUCUACAGAGUUGUCUUGUUGAGUACGGGUGAAGGUCGGAUGAAAAGGUGAAAAAGUUUCUGAAAGUUUCAGUUUGUUAUUGAUGAACUUUUGGACAAACAAAAGUGAAAGACGUUGAGUUUAUCGAUCAGGAAGAUGAAGAAGGAGUUAGAUCAAUCAGACCGUGUGAUCGAUCGAUAAAACAUGAGUUUAACUUUUUAUAUAAAUCAAGUUUUUGUUGAUAUUCUGAUUUAAUGAGCUGCAGCAGAACAUGAUGGAGGUCCAGCCCUGAGAACAUGUGUGUGGACCUCAUACUCUAGUACAGUCAGAGCACCACCCGGUGGAAGAACAUGGUACUAACUCUCAUAUGCAGUCCUCACACGGGUUUGUUUUAGUGUUAUCCAUGAACAUGAGAGUCUGACUGAUCCUGUGUUUCACUCUUCUUCUUCUUCUUCUCCUCCUUCUCCUCCGUCUCUCAGAUGAUUGGCAGUUCCCUCGCCCGUCCGCUCAGCUCAUCCUGGGAGACAUGAUGAAGUUUGAGGUUUCAGUCCAACAGUUUCACCACGCUCCCCUCAGAGUGACCGUGGACAGCUGCGUGGCCACGGUCCACCCCAACAUCGACACCGUCCCUCGAUACGUCUUCCUGGGAAAUAACGGGUCAGUGGGCGGUCUUUGUCAUCAUCUGUCUACUCUGUGUGAUAUCUGUCCGUGGUGCGUUCAGGUGCCCAGUGUUUGAAGGGUUUCUCUCUUCCACCUUCUUCUCCGUGUUGCGUUCAGGUUCCUCCUCUGUGUGUUGUCUUUUUGUUCAGGAUUUUAUAGCGGUCUCCCGUGUUGCGUUCAGGAGCUUCACCUGAUUUUUCUGUGUUGCGUUCAGGUGCCUGUUCGACAGUCAGCUCACCGGCUCCAGCUCUCGGUUCCUGCCUCGGUCUCAGGAUGACAAACUGCAGUUCGAGUUGGAGGCGUUCAGGUUCCAGCAGGACGACAGCGGCACGGUGAGACCUUGAACGCAUCAUCGUCCUCAUUCUCUUCACUGUUAAACAGAUUUUUUAAAAACAUUUCUAACAUUUUAUUCUUAAAGUUAACGCUGUAAUGUCUUUAGAUCUACAUCACCUGCAGUGUGAGAGCGACAGUAGCGUCUGCAGCCGUCGACGCUUCAAAUAAGGCGUGUUCGUUCUUCAACGGGUGAGACUAAACUAACUCUACGUCUGCUCCAAACACCUUUAACACCAGGAUUAUCUGAUAUUAUAACAGCUUCCUUUACAUUUAAUUUAAUUUCACAACAACUCGCCUCAUUUCUGCUUAAAAAUGAGUUCACUUUAGUGUCGUAUCAAAGAGCAGAUCUUGAGUUUUAUCCACAUUAUCGUAUUUAACCUGAAACUCCUGUGACUAUCACCUUUUAAACUCUUUAUACUUUAUAUUUCAUGUGACACUUCUGGACCCGAUUCUAUAUUUUUGCAUCAUAUUUUCAUCGUAGAAAAUGUUCAUAUGGUGCAGAAAUAACAACAAUAACUCAUCAGCUGAAUUCAUCACAUCUCCUCCAACACCUCCUCUGCUCUAACUCCACUAUAAAACACUCAAAACGCAGUCACCAUGGUUUCCUGAGACUUGAUCGCUCCUGUCAUUGGGUUUUCGGCCAAUCAGAGUCAAAUAUAUUUAACACAGCCAAAAACAGUUCAGUUUUGUUCCUCGACUAAAACUGUAACCGGGAAAAAAUGCUGAAAUCUGGGAGCUGGCGAUGUGCUGGAAAACAGACAGGAAAACUGUCGUCCUAGUGUCGGUCACCAAAGUUAUAGCUGCAGUAAUCGACACAUUAAUCGCCAUGGUAACACAACAUAAUUUUGAGGAGAACAGAUUUACGGUUGAGGUCAAGAGGAGGAGGAUGUGAGAACGAGGAGAAGUGAAGAGCUGACAGGUGAUGAAUGAAAAAGUCUCUGACAGAGAAAAAUGAGAAAUCUUUAAUAUCAAACUUUAUUUUGAAAGGCCGAGUUUUUGAUUGACAGGUGGAGGGAGGCCGGCGGCAGCCAUGAUGCAUGUACCUGCUGUGAUACAGACUGUGGGAGAGGAAGCCAGAGUCACCUGACAGGAGCAGGUGAGUGGAUGUACUUUGAUUUGAUUUAUUUGAGUUUUUAACAUCAUUAACAUCAGAGGAAGUAACUUAAGGUGCUCUUAAUCACAUCAAACAGUUUUAUUCUCCAAACUAAACAGGAAGCAGCACAAAUUUAAAACCUUUUAAACUCUUUGAGAGGAGGUCGACAUCUGAGACCAGAGUGAGACUCUGUCUGUCUGUGUGUUUACCGUCUUUGUGUGUGAUCUUAAUGAUCCAGACUCCUCUGAUCUGUUUCUGAACCUCUAACUCUAAAGACAAACAAACCGAUGAAGGUCUGAAGCGACAGAAAAUACUAGAAUUAUAAUAUUUAAAUUUUUUUGUCUUUUCUCGUGUAAAUCUGUCCAGUUGUGCCAAAUUUGUUUCUUUUGAAAAAUGAACCUCAUUUAUGAUAACAGCAGCAUUAAGUGAGAUGAAAUCCGUUUACUUGCUCGUUUACAAUCCUCUUAAUUUAAUAACCUUUAUUGUUAGAGCGACCUCUGCUCUAAAGCGAUGUCUGCUCAGCUCUUAUUUUAGCUGCUGUCUGUCUGAUGUCAAAAAACUCUUUAAUUUGGAUUUUUAUUUUUAUUUUGGGCUGUAAAAUCAAAAGUUUAAAGUUCUUGAAUUUAAAGACAGAGUUCAGAGUUUUUUAGAAAAUGUUUUUAGUAAUUUAGAUGAAGUAAAUCAGCUGCUCAUCAGGAAUCUUAAUAAAUGAGUUUUAAAUAAAAACUAACCGUAAAAUAAACAUUUAUUUUAAAGAAAUAGUUAAAAUGCUUUCCCAUAUGCUGUUUUUUAUCGUAAACAAAUCCUCUUAAAGUGGGUGGGGGGUCCUGAUGGUCUUCAUAUGAACAUUCUGAGGUCCAUGUUUGUGUGUUGCAGGUGCUCAGUGGGAGCAGGAGACGUCUUUUGGGCCAAUCACAGUGGGGGAGAGACCUCUGUGAUGGAAAAACUCAAACCAACAACUUUAACUCUGAUUAUCAAUAAAUCUGAUUAUUAAUAAAUCUGAUUAAAGCGCCCCGACUCUGACUGGAC